AUGAAGUUCUCUAUCAUUUUUUGUGUUUUAACUUUCGCUAUUUGCGUAAGUUCUCUGCCAGUGAGCAAUCUUGAAAGCAGUGAAAGUAGUGAAAGCCAAGAACUUAAGAAUUCAGCUGAUCAACAUGGAUUAAAAACUGAUAUAAAGGAGAGUUCAAGUAGUGAAAGUGUUGAACAAGCUGACCACAAAGAAGGUGAAGCUGUAGCUAAGGAGAGUUCAAGCAGUGAAAGUGUUGAACAAGAUGGAAAUGCUGAUCAUAAAGAAGGUGAAGCUGUAGCUAAGGAGAGUUCAAGCAGUGAAAGUGUUGAACAAGCUGAUCACAAAGAAGGUGAAGCUGUAGCUAAGGAGAGUUCAAGCAGUGAAAGUGUUGAACAAGCUGACCACAAAGAAGGUGAAGCUGUAGCUAAGGAGAGUUCAAGCAGUGAAAGUGUUGAACAAGCUGAUCACAAAGAAGGUGAAGCUGUAGCUAAGGAGAGUUCAAGCAGUGAAAGUGUUGAACAAGCUGAUCAUAAAGAAGGUGAAGCUGUAGCUAAGGAGAGUUCAAGCAGUGAAAGUGUUGAACAAGCUGAUCACAAAGAAGGUGAAGCUGUAGCUAAGGAGAGUUCAAGCAGUGAAAGUGUUGAACAAGCUGACCACAAAGAAGGUGAAGCUGUAGCUAAGGAGAGUUCAAGCAGUGAAAGUGUUGAACAAGCUGAUCACAAAGAAGGUGAAGCUGUAGCUAAGGAGAGUUCAAGCAGUGAAAGUGUUGAACAAGCUGAUCACAAAGAAGGUGAAGCUGUAGCUAAGGAGAGUUCAAGCAGUGAAAGUGUUGAACAAGCUGAUCACAAAGAAGGUGAAGCUGUAGCUAAGGAGAGUUCAAGCAGUGAAAGUGUUGAACAAGCUGAUCACAAAGAAGGUGAAGCUGUAGCUAAGGAGAGUUCAAGCAGUGAAAGUGUUGAACAAGCUGAUCACAAAGAAGGUGAAGCUCUAAGGAGAGUUCAAGCAGUGAAAGAAGGUGAAGCUGUAGCUAAGGAGAGUUCAAGCAGUGAAAGUGUUGAACAAGCUGAUCACAAAGAAGGUGAAGCUGUAGCUAAGGAGAGUUCAAGCAGUGAAAGUGUUGAACAAGCUGACCACAAAGAAGGUGAAGCUGUAGCUAAGGAGAGUUCAAGCAGUGAAAGUGUUGAACAAGCUGACCACAAAGAAGGUGAAGCUGUAGCUAAGGAGAGUUCAAGCAGUGAAAGUGUUGAACAAGCUGACCACAAAGAAGGUGAAGCUGUAGCUAAGGAGAGUUCAAGCAGUGAAAGUGUUGAACAAGCUGACCACAAAGAAGGUGAAACUGAAGCUAAAGAAAGCUCAAGCAGUGAAAGUGCUGAGAACUAA